ACUUGCUAGUAGACCUAGUAUUCAGCAGAUCUAUUUAAGAGACAACCAAAUCCAAGUCUUUAAUUGCCAACAACAACAAUGAGAAAAAAUCAUAACUAAAGUGAUGUACAUACAUUUAUUUGUAGGACCCUUUGUUUUUAUUUUGGUGUGUUAACCUUCGGGUUCCUAGUAAAAGAGGUAUUUGAAGUUCGUUUAUUCGUUCAUGAGGUAUGUUAAGUCUGACCAAGAAUGACUCCAUCCAAAAAUCGAACUUUUUUCUAACGAUUUUCCUUUGAUGAAACUCGUUAACUAUUUGAGUCUAAUCACUUCUUUCAUAAGACUCUUUAUUUAACCAUAAUACAUUUCCUAGAGUUGAAAAUUUCUCCUCAAAUCAUUGAACUGAUGUUGAUACACAUGACUUCAAUUCUAAGGUCCUUGACACAUCUUAUACAUAUAAUCUAAAGCCACACAACUCAUCAAAAGUUCUACAAAAUCAAGUUAUUUGGUGCAUAACAUGAAAAUGUUAUUAUUUAUUUGGUUCUUAAUAUUUUCCUAUACUAUAAGAGCUUCCACUUCACUAGACACUUUAGCAGUGGGUGAAUCUAUCCAAGAUGGUAAGACUUUAGUUUCAUCAAAUGGAAUUAUUGAAGUGGGUUUCUUUAGCCCUCAAAAUUCAACAAGAAGAUUAAGAUACUUAGGUAUAUGGUAUAGGAAUGUGUCCCCUUUAACAGUUGUAUGGGUAGCCAACAAAGAAAAACCUCUACAACAUAGCUCAGGAGUUUUGACACUCAAUGAAAAGGGAAUUCUAAUGCUUCUCAAUGAUGUAAAUAGCACUAUUUGGUCUUCUAAUGCAUCAAGCAUAGCAUGGAAUAGUACUACUCCAAUUGCUCAGCUCUUGGAUACUGGAAAUCUUGUAGUGAAAAAUAGACAUGAAACUGAGAAAGAUGUGUUUUUGUGGCAGAGUUUUGAUUAUCCCGGUGAUACGUUGAUGCCAGGAAUGAAGCUUGGAUGGGACUUAGAAACUGGUCUAGAAAGAUUUAUAACAUCUUGGAAAAGUGUUGAUGAUCCUGCUAAGGGAGAAUUUACUACAAGAGUUGAUCUUAGAGGAUAUCCACAAGUAAUUAUGUUCAAUGGAUCUGAUAUAAUAUUUAGAUCAGGGCCAUGGAAUGGUCAUUCUUUGGCUGGAUCACCAGGUCCAAAUUCUGUAUUGUCACAAUUUUUUGUGUUCAAUGAAAAACAAGUGUACUAUGAAUACCAACUUCUUGACAGAUCAAUAUUCAGUGUACUUAAAUUAAUGCCUUAUGGACCUCAGAAUUUGUUUUGGACAAGUCAAUCAAGCAUAAGACAAGUUUUGUCAACAAGCUUAGAUGAAUGUCAAAUAUAUGCAUUUUGUGGUGCAAAUUCUGUAUGUACUAUUGAUGGUAAUAACCAUUCAAAUUGUGAAUGCAUGAAAGGAUAUGCUCCUAAGUUUCCUGAAGAAUGGAAUCUAGCAUUUUGGUCGAAUGGUUGUAUACAAAAGAAGAAUUCAAGUUACAUAGAUGGUUUCUUGAAAUACACACUCAUGAAAGUGCCAGACACGUCUUCGUCAUGGUUUAGUAAGACGUUGAAUCUUGAGGAAUGCCGGAAGUGGUGUCUGAGAAAUAGUUCGUGUGUAGCGUAUGCAAAUAUUGAUAUACGUAACGGAGGAAGUGGAUGUCUGAUAUGGUUUAAUAAUCUGAUAGAUGUGAGGAAAUUCUCUCAAUGGGGACAAGAUCUUUAUGUUAGAAUCCCUCCUUCAGAAUUAGAUCAACUUGCAGAAGAUGGCCACAGAACCAACAAGAAUAAGAUAGUAGGAAUCACACUUGGUGUGAUUAUUUUUGGAUUAAUUACAUUUUUAUCCAUAUGGAUUAUGAAAAAUCCAGGUGUUGCAAGAAAGGUUUGCAGCAAAAUUUUCAAUACUAAACAAAGAAAGGAAGACCUUGAUUUAACAACGUUCGAUUUGUCCGUCUUGGUUAAAGCCACCGAAAACUUUUCGAGCAAUAACAAACUUGGAGAAGGUGGUUUUGGACCGGUAUACAAGGGCACAAUGAUAGAUGGGCAAGAGAUAGCUGUGAAAAGGCUUUCAAAGAAGUCUGGACAAGGGUUGCAGGAAUUCAAAAAUGAAGCGGCGUUGAUUGCCAAACUUCAACACCGUAAUCUUGUCAAACUUCUUGGAUGCUGCAUUGAAGGAGGAGAAACAAUGCUGAUCUAUGAAUACAUGCCCAACAAAAGCUUGGACUACUUUGUUUUUGAUGAAAUUAAAAGGAAGUCACUAGAUUGGAUCAAGCGUUUCGACAUUAUCAAUGGUAUUGCUCGGGGACUUCUUUAUCUUCACCGUGACUCUAGGCUGAGGAUAGUCCAUAGAGAUCUAAAAGCUAGCAAUAUAUUACUGGAUGCAAAUUUGGAUCCAAAAAUAUCAGACUUUGGUUUGGCUCGAACAUUUUUCGGAGAGCAAGUUGAGGAAAACACAAAUAGGGUGGCCGGAACAUACGGUUACAUGCCUCCAGAGUACGCUAGGAGUGGACAUUUCUCAACGAAAUCAGAUGUCUUUAGUUAUGGUGUGAUAGUACUGGAGAUUGUGUCCGGAAAGAAGAAUAGAGAUUUUUCAGACUCAGAAUAUUCCAACUAUCUUCUUGGAUAUGCAUGGAGAUUAUGGACAGAAGAGAGGGCAUUGGAACUAUUGGAUGAAAGUUUAGGGCAACAAUGUACACCCUCAGAAGUCGUUCGAUGCAUACAAAUUGCGUUAUUAUGUGUUCAACAAAGACCAGAAGAUAGGCCAGAAAUUUCAUCUGUGGUUCUAAUGCUGAUCAAUGGUGAAAAAUUAUUGCCAAAGCCAAAGGUUCCUGGAUUUUACACCGAAAAAGAUGUUACACCUGAGUUAGAUUCUUCGCUUGCGAAUCAUGAACUAUUUUCGACUAAUGAAUUAUCCAUCACAGAGAUAGUUGCAAGGUAGGAUAUGGAGGCAAGACAACACUCGUGGUAGAUUUUACUACGUAUUUAUAUAUGUGGAAUAAAAAAUUUAUGUACCGAUAUGAAAAUAUUAAAGCUUUUUAAAAUUUGGGUUUUAUUUUAGGUUUACACUUUGAAUCACAUUCAUAUCCAU